CCCGGCGGCGUUCGCGUGACCCGCAUCAGUGCGCGUGCAUCGUCGCCUCCUGCGGCGGUGCGGCCUGGCGUCUCUCGUCACAAGCAUUUUUCUCUCACAUGGGCUCGCAUCCUGCUUACUUCCCGUGGAAGUCGUACCCGCAGCCGUCAUCAUCGAAGGUUUCCCGUACGAGGGUGUUAUCCCCGAUUCCAACAGCUCACCUCGACGCCAGGCGGAUCCUCUCGCUACUCACGCACGUUCAGCUGCGACUCCGCGUACCCCGCGGUCGAGAUCGGAUCGAGCAUGCUUUAUCUUCGUCCCAUCGUUGCUCCCGUAUGACGAGUGUCGUUUGGUCUCUUGUACGGCAUCGGAAGCAAUGACUAUGUUGAGGCACGCCUCAGAAAAGCUUCCGUGUAUUUCGCAAGUGUUUUUCGUCGGUUAUUAUCGUGAUACAAACGUUUGGCCGCCGUGCAGUUUGAUCAGGCUGC